AUGAUGUUGGUGUUGACUGCGUUGUGUUUAUCAACUGUGGUAGGAGCUGAGAGCCAGGAGACUUACUCCAGUGGUGACCAACAAUUUGUUUCAAGAGGUUCUUACGAGCAACGUGGAACAAAGUACGACUACAAGUGGGCCGUCAAUGAGGAAUCGUCAAACGCUGAGUUUGAUCAUAAGGAAGCCCGUGACGACAACAAUAUCAAAGGGUCGUACUCCGUGCAGCUUCCCGACGGUCGUGUCCAGACCGUGACUUACUACGUGAAUGGUGACUCUGGUUACGUGGCCGAGGUCACCUACCAGGGCGAGGCUCGCUACCCAGAGUCUGAUGAGGCUCCUGUUUACACUCCACCCAGGCCUCGGUACUCAGCCCCUGAGUCAAAAGAGUCUGAUGAGGCUCCUGUUUACAUUCCACCAAGGCCUCGGUACUCAGCCCCUGAGUCAAAAGAGUCUGAUGAGGCUCCUGUUUACAUUCCACCCAGGCCUCGAUACUCUGUCCCUGAAGCAAAAGAGCUCCAAGAGACUCCUGUUUUGACCACCCCAAGGCCUCGUUCCUCUGCCGAUGAGCCUGAAGUUCCAGUAAAGACUCCACCAAGGUUCCCAUAUACUGCCCCAGAGUCUAAUGAAUCUCCUGAGGCUCCUAUUUACACCCUACCGAAGCGCCUGUACACUGCUCUUGACUCUAAUGAGUCAAACUAAUCCCUUUGGCUUAAAAAAAUCUAGAAUAAAUCUAUUUAUUUA